AUGUUGAAAGUUCAACCUCGGCCACUUCUAGUACUAGCCUCCUUCGUCAUUCUCUUACUUUUGUGCUUAUCCUGUCAAGCUGUGAAACCAUCAGUCGAGCGAGAUUCAAGCAGAGCACUAGCGUUUGACCCUCGCCACGUCAGCUUCACACUUUCACUAGACAGGACUCCGGAGCGCGUUGAGCGCCUGCUCACUCAGCUGCGCACGACCUUCAGAUUCCAUGAUGCUGAAGUCGGCCAUCUCCCGGCCCGAACCAUGGUCAAAGUGCGUCUGGCAGAGUCGUUCUUUUCUUCGCCGACUAAACCACGCUUCCUGAAUUUGGGCUUUAUACGUCCGUCAGCGCAGAGCGAUGUGCGCGGUUUCGCCAUCGCUCUACCCAUGACUACUCUUCAACCGGUCUAUCACCCCAACGUUCGAGGAUUUGCCCUCUUCUCUGUCUACCCUGAUCGAGCGAAUCCUGUCGGAACCGACGUCAAUAGUGUCAAGCCACACAUACUGUUUCAUGGCUAUGUUGACUUGCAGAACAUAGGUACAUUUCCACCCAGAGUCGGGCGGCCGCCUAGGUUGGAGCACAGUCCACUUCUGCCCGGAGACCUUGUGUCUCUGGAAGAGAUUUAUCGAGAGGUCCUACACGGGGACCAUUGA